AUGUCAGUGUCAAAUCAAUUGAACAAAAAGCGAGAAAUACGUCGAGUACCGGCGAUUUGAUUUAAUUAACUAAUUAUUUUCAUCGCGUGCGGACAUUUGCGAAGGAAGAAAAUCAUCGAAUUGUCGUGCCCAGUGAUUCUUUAACAAUGGGAAAAUUAGCUAUUAUUUUCCUGGCUUUCGCCGCAACCUGCGCAGCUGACUUCAUUAGAGUUCCGCUGCACCGCGUGGAAUCUGCGCGCGGUCAGCUAGCAGCAGUGGGCACGGAGCUCAACAUGCUCCGACUCCGGCGCCCGGCCGGACCCUCGCCCGAGCCCCUGUCCAACUACCUCGAUGCGCAAUACUACGGCCCGAUCUCUAUUGGCACCCCGCCGCAGACUUUCCGCGUGGUCUUCGACACCGGGUCCUCCAACCUUUGGGUGCCUUCUAAGAAAUGCCACUACACCAACAUAGCUUGCCUGCUCCACAACAAAUAUGACAGCACCAAGUCCUCGUCGUACGUGGCUAACGGCAAGGAGUUCGCCAUCCACUACGGCUCCGGCUCGCUCUCAGGGUUCCUUUCCACUGACACCGUCUCGGUUGGCGGCGUGACAGUGAAAUCUCAGACGUUCGCUGAAGCGCUGUCCGAGCCCGGCCUCGCGUUCGUCGCCGCCAAGUUCGAUGGCAUCCUUGGCAUGGCCUUCAGCACCAUCUCCGUGGACCACGUGCCGCCAGUAUUCGACAACAUGGUGGCCCAGAAGCUCGUCGCUCCAGUCUUCUCUUUCUAUCUGAACAGAGAUCCGUCAGCCAAGGUCGGCGGCGAGAUGAUCCUCGGCGGCUCCGACCCGAACCACUACCGCGGCAACAUGACUUAUGUGUCCGUCGACAAGGCCGCCUACUGGCAGUUCCAUGUGGGCGGCAUCGCACUCGCCGGACACAAGUUCUGUGAGAACGGAUGCGAAGCGAUCGCCGACACUGGCACCUCCCUCAUCGGCGGCCCCACCGCUGAGAUAGAAACCUUGAACAAGGCGCUCGGCGCCACUCCUCUCGUAUCUGGACAGUACGUGUUCGACUGCUCGCUGAUCCCCAAGUUGCCGCGCGUCACCUUCACGAUCAACGGCGUGGAGUUCCCGCUUGACGGACAGGAUUAUGUUCUACGAGUAUCCCAGUUCGGCAAAACCGUCUGCCUGUCCGGCUUCAUGGGCCUCGACGUGCCGCCACCGGCCGGCCCCAUCUGGAUCUUGGGCGACGUGUUUAUCGGCCGCUACUACACAGAGUUCGACGUCGCUAACCGCCGUAUCGGGUUUGCACCAGCUGUCUAAACGGUGUCUUGAGGUGACAUUGGUGAA